AACUUUGGGUGUAUUUGUUUAGAUAUUACAUUAUUAAAUUUAAAGCGGUGCCUUGUAGACAUCUGAAGAUGGAGGAAGCUAUCUUACGUGGACAAUUUCAGUUGCUACCAGCAUGUAAAACAACGUUAAAUGUUAGUCUGACAAGGAAGAACAUUAUGUUUCGACAAGAAGCAAACAACAAGCCACAAAAAAACUUUACAUCUAUCCUUAUUGAAAAUAUCAUUGGAUCAAAGAUGUUUGAGAAUAAAAUUGCGAAUGAUACUUCAUCUUUUUUUCAAAUCAUAACACUGACUAAAAAUAAAAAGGGCUUUCGACAGAAAGUAGUGUAUACAUUUCGUGUCAGUGAAUCAGAAGAUAAGCAGGAAAAUAGAACUAUUUGUGAAACCUGGGCACGGACUAUAGCAUGGCUGUUGUGGGAUAAAGAAAUAAAUAUGACUGAAUUAGAAGAGAAAGAAACUUUUCCUCCUCGAAAGAGGUUUUUUAUUCUCAUUAAUCCAAAAAGUGGACCUGGAAAAAGCUUGCAACACUUCAAGAGAACCAUUGAGCCACUUCUGAUGCUAGCAAAUGUUUCCUAUAAAGCUGUUGUGACAGAAUAUGCUGGGCAUUGUACAAAAGUUGCUAUGGAAUUGGAUAUUAAUGCCUGGGAUGGAGUUAUUAUUUGUUCUGGUGAUGGUCUUACUUAUGAGUAUUUAAAUGGUAUAUUGAAACGAGACGAUUGGAAUGAAGCAAUUAAACUUCCUGUUGGGACUUUACCCACCGGAUCUGGCAACGCAUUAUCUGCAUCAAUAUUGUUUUCUGCAAAAGAAGCUAAUUCACUGGUCAACGCUUUAUACGUUGUGUUGAAGGGUACUUCACAUCCAAUGGAUUUGUUUGCUGUGACGAGUGAGACUGAAACAUUUUACGGAUUUCUUAGUGUAACAUGGGGCUUCAUGUCUGAUGUUGAUAUAGAAUCUGAAAAAUACAGAGCCUUAGGUGGUUUUCGAUUUACGCUCACAUCUUUGCAGCGUAUACUUGGCUUACGACAUUAUCGAGGAAGAUUUUCGUAUCUACCUGCGCCUUCUAUUGCGGAAGAAGGAGACGUAAUUGACAUGAUAGAAGGAUGUGCUAAAUUAUGUUUAAAUUCAGAUAUGAACACCUCAAACCAAGAACAUCACACGGAAAAUACAGCUGGCACGACAUCUUCAUCACAGCGACCGCCAUUUCCGUCACUCGACGCGGAAAUCCCGUCAAGUUGGGAAAGCAUCGACGGCGACUUUGUCACUGUAGGUGUGUCUUCGCUCAGUCAUUUAGGAGACAAUAUGUACAGUUCGCCAUGUUCUUUCUUCGACGACGGGCUGUUAAACGUGCAAUUCAUACGUCGAGGUAUAACUAAGAAGAGACUGUUAGAUGUCUUUACAGCUUUUGAAUACGGAAAGCAUCUUCAAUUUGAUGCAGUGGAAGAAUUGUUCGUGACAGAAUUUCGCUUGGAGCCGUCAAAAGAGGUAACUGGCAAUAUGGCAGUUGACGGUGAAAAAGUGAAGUACGGUAAUAUCCACGGCAAAGUGCUACCAUCUUUAGCGAACAUUAUUAUGAUGCCUAAAGUAACCACGUGAAUUUGUUUGCCGUGUUUUAAAGCCAUUGCUUAAAAGCUUCCAAACUGUUGAUUCACCUUAAAAACUUAGAAGAACAACUUUUAUGUCAAUCCAAACAGACAUAACGACCUGUUUCUAAGGGACAAAUUAAUCACGUAAUUGAUUGAUGACUCUUUAGUGGCACCAAUACUAUUGAAGAUAUAUAAAAUAAAAUGAGUAUGAGAGUUAGGUCCCACUGAUUGUUUGUUCCAUAUGUUAUUUUUCUUAUGUUCUUGUUAUGAGUUUUUUUGAACGGUUAAGUGGCUGUUGUUUUCUUAGAUCUUAAAAGAUUUAAUUGCAUAGCCUAAUGUCUUGAACUUCUCAAUAUUUUUAUUUUUUUUAGCACAAAUAUUUCGGUGUUUGUCGAUAAAAGUGGGGAAAAUUUAAAAAUUAUAUACUGUAAUGCUUCGAAUAAAAUCUUCAUUCACUUUAACACCCUACCCUCUUAGAUAACGCCCUAUCUCUCAGAUAACGCCCUACCCUUUUGUAUUGCUAAACAUAUGAUAUACCGGCUCGAACAGUUGUUUAAAAAAAAUAGAGAAAUAAAAAAAUGACCAGCCUGGUUAAAAUUUUAUUAUUCUUUAUAAAAAAGGGUGUAAACAUACUUCUCGAUCUGGCAAAAAGAACCAGAGUUAAGCGCACCCAUAAAAGAAGAUGCAGUUGUUGCCAUCAUUUAGAAUUUGUAAAGACCUAAGUUAUAUUGUUUUGUUUUUUAUUAUAUAAAUUGUGAAAUAUUUUUAUGUUAUUUUUUUUAACGUAGCGUUUAAAUUUUCAGGAUAAUAAAUAUAUAGUAAUAAUAUAGUAAUCUUAGCUAUAUAUCUGAGUGAAUACAAAAUAAAUAAUAUUGAAAAACGA